GUCAACAAUGAUAUUCAGUAGGGAAGUUCACUUGAAACAGAUCCACAAUGCUGAAGCUCGUUCUGCUUGCUGCUCUUGUCCUUUGCGGACAAUGUUCCGAGGACAUCAGCUACAUUGAGGACAUACAGGAUAGUGCACGUGUUGUAGGAGGAACCAAUGCAGCCAAAAAUGCAUGGCCUUGGCAGGUUUCUCUGCAAUAUCUCUCUGGCAGCAGCUGGUACCACACCUGCGGUGGAACCCUGAUCCGUGCUAACUGGGUCCUGACUGCUGCUCACUGUGUGGACAGAGUGGUUUCUUUCCGUGUGGCAUUGGGAGAUCACAACCUUAGCUUGAAUGAUGGUACUGAGCAGAUCAUUGCUGUGUCAAAGAUUGUGAAACAUGCUAACUGGAACACCAACAAUGUUGCAGCUGGUUAUGAUAUUGCAGUUCUCAAGCUGGCCUCCAACGCUGUCCUGAACAGUUAUGUGAAAGUGGCUGCCCUGCCCAGCAGUGGAUCUGUCUUGGCCCACAAUUACCCUUGCACCGUUACAGGAUGGGGCAGGACUAGCACUGGUGGAUCUCUCCCUUCUAUUCUUCAGCAGGCUCCUCUCCCUGUGGUCGCCCACUCAACUUGUUCCUCCGGCUCUUAUUGGGGCACCACAGUCAAGACCACCAUGGUGUGCGCUGGUGGUGAUGGAAUCACUUCAAGCUGCAAUGGAGAUUCUGGUGGACCUCUCAAACUGUGCUGUCAAUGGUGUCUUCACAAGUCCAUGGUAAUCACUAGCUUUGGAUCUGCCCUUGGAUGCAACUACUACCUCAAACCAUCAGUGUUCACAAGGGUUUCAGCUUACAAUGCCUGGAUCGAUAAUGCUAUUGCCACUAACUAAACUGACAUCAAAAAAGGAGAAUGACCGAUUAAAUGUAAUAUCUACUAUACUUGAUAUGCUGUUUAAGAACAAUAUACAAUUAAACAAUACAUUGGCAUCAA